AUGUCCAAACUCAAAUGGAUUCUCAACAAGGUGGCCGUAGAAGAAGAGGCGGGACUCACCAAUGCCCAGAUGAUGUUGACCAACAAUGAUUUACGACCAGUCGAACCCGAAAGACGCCAAUGGAAGUGGAUCAACUUUAUUGCUUUCUGGAUUGCGGACUCAUUGAACAUCAACACAUGGAUGAUCUCCUCCUCGAUGAUCGUCGACGGUCUCUCAUGGUGGCAAUCCUGGAUCUGUGUUUGGGUCGGAUAUUUCGUGGCUGCAGCUUUUGUGUGUCUGACUGGACGGAUUGGUGCUGUCUAUCACAUCUCUUUUCCCGUCACAGCUCGAGCUUCAUUUGGAAUAUGGGGCUCUUUAUGGCCCGUUCUCAACCGUGUGGUGAUGGCUAUCAUUUGGUAUGGCGUGCAAAGUUAUAUCGGAGGCCAGUGUGUGACUUUGAUGAUCGAGGCUAUUUGGCCGAGCUACCGCAACCUUCACAAUGGCCUUUCUGCCAGCGCCGGCGUCGACACCAAGAACUUCGUCAGCUUCUUCCUAUUCUGGAUGCUCUCGCUUCCAGCCUUGUGGUUCCCCGUUCACAAAGUCCGCCAUUUGUUCACCGUCAAGGCAGUCUACUCUCCAAUCGCUGCCAUCGCUUUCUUUGCCUGGGCCAUCUCCCGUGCUAACGGUCUCGGCCCGAUUAUCCACCAGCCUAACACCGUCCACGGAAGCGAUCUUUCAUGGGCAAUGGUGAAGGGAAUCAUGUCGUGCAUCGGAAACUUCGCAGCACUCAUUAUGAAUAACCCCGAUUUCUCACGAUUUGCACGAACACCAAAAGAUGCUGUCUGGUCCCAGCUAUUGACUAUUCCUGUCGGUUUUGGCGUCACCUCCUUCAUUGGAAUCAUCGUGUCCUCCUCCUCAUCAGUCAUCUUCCACGAUGGCUACACAUGGAACCCCCUUGAUCUCCUCGGAAAAUUCCUCGAUGGAGCCAGCUCCGGUCAGCGCUUCGGUAUCUUCGUCAUCGCCACCGGAUUUUCCCUAGCCCAGCUUGGAACAAACAUCGCCGCCAACUCGAUCUCAGCAGGAACUGACCUGACUGCACUACUGCCCCGAUACAUGACCGUCCGACGCGGUAGUUACAUCUGCGCGAUCGUCGGUCUAGCUAUGUGUCCAUGGAACCUUGUCUCCGGCUCAAACAACUUCACAACAUACCUCUCGGCCUACUCCCUCUUCCUCUCCGCCAUUGCCGGUGUCAUGAUCUGUGAUUACUACAUCGUCCGCAAGGGCUACCUAGAUAUCAAAUCUCUCUACAGCGCCAGCGAGUCAGACCCUUACUACUACACCUUGGGUUUCUCCUGGCGCGCCUAUACCGCUUACAUCUGCGGCAUUCUGAUCAACAUUGUUGGCUUCGCUGGUGCUGUUGGAUGCAAGGUCCCUAUUGGGGCGGAAUAUAUCUACAAUGUCAACUAUUUCACCGGUGUCAUUGUUUCCGGUGUCGUGUACUUUGCUCUGACGUGGUUCUUCCCCGUUCCUGCGACAAGCGCUACCUGGAAUGAGGUUGACGUCGAUGCCGAGGAUCUCUCUGUUGCAUAUGGGAAAGAUCCUACUGACUUGGAGGGUCAUGGGUAUGCUGAUCGGAGGUCGUUUGAUGAUGUGGCUGGGUCGGAUGAUCGGAAACAUCCGAGUACUUUGGACAGGAAGCUUUGA